AUGUCUCAUACUCUUAAAAAGGCUCCCUCUCUGCGACCUUCAAGUGAUCCAUACUACGAUGUUGGAAACUUCGGAAGAAAAAUCAGCACAGGCAACCCGGAAGCUCAAAUUUGGUUCAAUCGUGGUCUGACCUGGACAUAUGCAUUCAAUCACGAAGAAGCAUGCGGUUGUUUCGAGCUUGUUAUCGCCCACGACCCAGAGUGUGCAAUGGGGUUCUGGGGCCUAGCUUUUGCCGCUGGUCCAAAUUACAACAAGGCAUGGGCAUCGUUUGACGAAGAAGAUUUGGCUCUAACGGUGCGUCGAUGCUACAGAGCAGCAAUGUCUGCUCUCGAGAAAGCUGCCAGAGCUUCACCUGUCGAAACGGCUCUUAUCAAAGCCCUUCAAAAACGCUAUCCAGGAGAAGCGAUACUCUCUGACUACUCGGGGCCAAACAAGGAUUACGCCGAUGCUAUGAGAGAGGUCUAUCAAGAGUUCGGAAUGAAUGAUCUUGAUGUUAGGACACUUUUCGCUGACGCCCUGAUGAAUUGGAAGCCGCGGCAGAUGUUUGAAACGAAGACUGGCGAACCCAUCUUGUCAUCACCCGUAUUCGAAGUCAGAGAGGUGAUCGAGGCAGGACUGAAACAGGAGGACGCAAAGAAGCACCCAGGCCUUCCACAUCUGUACAUCCACCUAAUGGAACGGUCUAACAUACCAGAGGUUGCCCUCUUUGCUGCAGAUAUCAUCCGAGACCUCGUUCCAGACGCAGGCCAUAUGGCGCAUAUGCCAACCCACAUAGAUGUGCUUGUUGGGGAGUACAGACGUUCCAUGCGAUACAACCAGAAAGCGACAGUUGCGGACGACAAGUACUUUGCUAAAGAAGGCGGCGUGAACUUCUAUAGUUUCUAUCGCCUGCAUGAUUAUCAUUCGCUUAUAUAUGCUGCUAUGCUGGCGGGCCAGUCCAAAGUGGCUCUCGAAUCUGUAGAACGUAUGGAAGCAACCAUUACAGAAGAGAUGCUACGUCUGAAGUCACCACCAAUGGCCGAUUGGCUGGAAUUCUUCCUUGCAGUUCGAGUUCACGUCCUCAUUCGAUUUGGUAUGUGGACAGAUCUGAAAAAUCUAAAGAUCCCAGAGGAUAAGGAACUCUACUGCGUUACCACAGUAAUGACACAUUACGGAAAGGGAGUUGCCUACGCAGCCACGAACGAUCUUACCAACGCAGACACGGAACGAGAGCUUUUCCGAAAAGCCGCAACACGGGUACCAGAAAGCCGUCUCGACUUCCCCAACCGGAUCGUAGACGUCUUGAAAGUUGCAACCGCGAUGCUGGACGGCGAGAUCGAGUAUCGCCGCCAAAACUAUGUCUCUGCCUUCGAACAUCUCCGCGAGGCCAUCAAACACGAGGACGCGCUCAUGUACACCGAACCCUGGGGAUGGAUGCUCCCCGCGAGACACCCAUACGGCGCAUUAUCGCUUGAGCAAGGAUUGGUUGAGCAGGCAGCGCAGGCCUACGCUGAAGAUUUGGGGGUGGACGAGACGCUCACUCGCGCACAUCAGCAUCCGAAGAACAUUUGGGCUUUGCAUGGGUAUCAUGAGUGUUUGGUUCAACUUGGGCGGCAUGGAGAGGCUCGGCUCAUUCAGAAACAACUUACGCUGGCGAAGGCGGAGGCCGAUAUCUCGAUUGAAUCAUCGUGCUUCUGUCGGCUUGGAACGCAGAAUGCUUGUGCUUCCAGUGCGGGUUGUGACAAGCCGGAAUAG